AUGCUCCUGGAGCUCCGCCAGCGAGCUGAUGCUGUGGCAUAUAACGCCACAAUCGCAGCUGCCGAGAAGGCCGCCAGGUGGGUCGACUCCUUGGUGAUUCUGGCAAUGAUGGAAGAGGCGUUGCUGCAGCCAUCGACAACCACUUUCAAUGCCAACAUCAGUGCCUGUGAAAAGUCGGCUGUUUGGCAGGCUUCCCUGCAGCUUUGCGAAGACAUGUUCCUCCGCAAGUUGGCAAAGGACAUUGUCACCUUCAGCGCGCUGAUUUCAAGUUGCGAAAAGGGCACGCAGUGGACGCUGGCCUUGCAUUUCUUCGGUCUGUGCCGAACAGCGGGCCUUCUGCGGCAGAGAGAAGAAAAGGGAGUUCUGUUGGAUUUGCUAUUGCUAGUGGAUGGAGAGAAGGGGCAAACGCUUGCGCUGAAAAGUCGGCCUUUUGGUGUUUGGAUCCAAAGCAUCCCCCCUCGUAGCACGCCCUCCUGGAAGCGCCAUGCGAUGGUGCUGGCCUUGGCCUUGGUGCUCUGCUGUGCCUCAGGCAAUCAGGAGGAUGAAGUCACGAAGCAGCUAUCACCAGAUGACGAUCCUUGCCAAAUAUGGGCCCUCCAGCGUCAAGCUGCACGAGCACCACGACCUUUAGAGCUCAUCCCCACCCCGAGUGUUCGCGGGGAGGCAGCGUACUUUUCGAGUCGGGAGUCAAAGUCCUUUGAGUGGACGAGGCUGGAAGUGUCCCAUACCAUCAUCGAGAAUGCCUUGAAGGCUCCCUUUCACAACGGAUGGCCAACUCCGUUUGGUCUCUCCGCUAGCGAUGUGGCGCGGUGGCUACAGGAUGAGCUGCUCCCCACAAGCCCAUUUGGGCAAUACGGCAUGCUUGUGCCAUGGCCCGAAGAGGACAAUGACCAGUUGGGUCAUGGUGGUUGGGUCGGAUACUCACGCAGGCAAGUCUGCUAUCUGACCGCCAAGAGCUACCUGGGAGCAAAGGCUCACGGAUACAACGCAGGCCUGUUCCGCCUGAUGGCCAUGUGUCCAAGGACGGGCGACUUCAGGCAGUCUUUUGCAACGCUCUUGGCCGCUUGUGCUGCAGAUCCGACGUUGGCGAACGGCCACCAGGGGCCACUGCUUCUAACAGCCAAAGCCAGGGCAGCCCCCUCGGUGGAGGAGGUGCGCCAGAAGGCGGAGGAUGUGUCUAUGCAGUCUGCCCAGCUCCGCGUUUGCGACUACGACGCUGGGGCCGGCCAUUUUGAUGGCGUUGAGCCAGUGCCUGGGCAGGGCUGUGUCCCCCGCACUCCGAAUGCUCCGGGUGUAGACUUCAUGACCGGCGGCUUGCCCGGCCAGGCAACCCAGGACAUCUCUGCAUCCUGGUUUGGUGGCUACCUAUUCGAUGCACAUGCCUGUGGCCUUGGUGGUGGACAGGACGAGCGCUUGUCGGUCUACUUUCCCGAAGUCACCGUGUUGGCAUAUUUUCUUUCUCAGAGCCACCCCUUCCCACAGCUCCGCCAACCCGCAUGGUUCCUGGGAGCACGGAACUUUUUCAAGAACUUGGAUGGCACAGCUCGGUUCGACUCACCACUGGUGCUCGCAGACGUUCCCUUGAAAUCAGACCUUGUCGAUGUCCAAGUGGCGGAUCAUCUCUUUGAGAUCAGCUCCUCAAGACCGUUCGUUGUCUUCAUGAGCGAAAGUCAAGGCUUUUUCAGAGACACAGACCAGAACCUCAAGCUGGCCCGCAUGAAUCGAUUGCAAGCGCAAAGGGAGAUGGGCACCGGCAGGUUCGCCUUUGAGAAGCAGGUACGCGCAUGGUAUCGGUCCUUGGCGCUGACUUCGUACGACGAACGCAUCCAUGGGGCCCUCAGAGCUCUGGUGAAGUCCAUCGGCCGCCCCCUGGCCCUGGACUACUACAUUUACGCAGAUUUCACGGAAAAUCCUGGAAACCAGUGUUACGUGAUUCCUGGCGAGGCCUGGAUGCCAAGAAACGCGUACUUUGAUGGGCGGCCCUGUGUGUCGAAUGCUGCCAUUUGCGGCGAGAAAGGCUUCGCGGAUGCCGUCAAGGCAUUUGGGCAUCAGACAGUUGCACGUACAUGGAGAUACAUCGAGGAGAAGGUGGCUUGGGGAGAUCUGAGGCGAAACGUCUUUGACAUCCUCUUAGCAUAA